AUGGCCUUUGGUACCAAUCCAUUCGAGCUUCAUGCGUCAAAUUUUCUGAAACAAAUUCGACAAAAACGACAAACAAAAUUCAACUAUGGUGAGAUAUAUGGUUUACCAUUAUCUUAUGGUGUUACUUUACCGCAAUCGUGCUGUACUAGUGAUGUACCAACAACAUUCAAUUCAUUGGAUUCGUACUGUAUAUCGAAUGCUAAUAAUAUGCCAAACAGUUUUCAUACAGUUGGCUGCUUAAAAAUACUUAGCAAAGUUGCUGGCGAUCAAACACUCGGUAUUGCUAUUAUUAACAGUUGUCUUCUUGCUUUUGCAUUAGCUGCUAUUUCAAUACUCUAUGGAUUUGAUACGCUUAUUGGUGGUCCACGUCAUCGUUCAAAUGAUAGUCGGCAAACUAUUGAACGUUUAUUAUCAAAUAAUGCUAUGGAACAAACAAUUCAUCCAGAAUUUCUUCGUCUUGUUCCACCAUUACAUGAAUGUACAAUAGAUGAAUUAGUUUGGUUAUCACCUAUUGAUUGUGAUCCAUCUUUAUUUACAUGGGAUUCAACAAUGUGUAUUGCAAAUACAAUUAAUCAUGAAAUUCGUCAAUUAAUGGAUAAAGCAUAUCAAGGUGCAUUAAAUUUACAACAACAACAAAAAUUAUUAGAUGAACUUGAUAAUGAUCCAAAUCUUGUUUAUCAUAUUGGUCUUGUACCAUCAAAAUUACCCAUAUUAGUUGAAAAUAGUCCACUAAUAAGUAUACAAUGUUUGUUAAAAUUAAUAUCAUCAAAUCAAAUGACAGAAUAUUUAUCAUCAUUACUUAAUAUGGAUAUGAGUUUACAUUCAAUGGAAGUUGUUAAUCGUUUAUCAACAUCAAUGGAAUUACCACAAGAAUUUCUUCAUUUAUAUAUAUCAACAUGUAUAAAAACAUGUGAAGAAACAAAAGAUAAAUAUUUACAAAAUCGUUUCGUACGUCUUGUUAGUGUUUUUAUUCAAUCGUUAAUACGUAAUAAAGUUAUUGAUAUAAAAGAUCUUUUUUUGGAUAUUCAAGGUUUUUGUAUUAACUUUCGUCACAUUAGAGAAGCAGGUGCACUAUUUCAACUUGUUAAAUCAUUUGACCUACGAAAUAAUGAUACUAAUGAAACAAUAACACCACCACCAACAACAACAACGAUGAUGAUCUCAACACCAUUGACAGCAAAUGAUGAAUGA